AUGCCGCCCAAGAAGCAGGAAAAGCAGGGCGGGGGCAAGAAGCCGUCCGCGGCCAAAAUCGUGGAGGACAGGACCUUUGGUAUGAAGAACAAGAAGGGCGCCCAGGCACAGAAGGAUAUUGCUCGCAUGAAACAAUCUGCGAGCGCUGGUGGAACUCCCGAGGAAAAGAAGAGAGCCGCCGAGAAGGCCGAGAGAGAGCGCAUGAAGGCUGCGACUGAGAAGGCUCAGAAGGAGGAGGCAGAGCUAUUUAAACCCGUACAGGUUCAAAAGGUCCCUUUCGGUGUCGAUCCGAAAACAGUCUUGUGUCAGUUCUUCAAGAAGGGCCAUUGCGAGAAGGGAAGAAAGUGCAAGUUCUCACACGAUCUCAAUGUCGAACGAAAAUCUGUUAAGAAGGAUCUAUACCAAGAUACUCGGGAGGAUGAGGAAGAAAAGAAAAAGAAAGAAACCUCCGACAAUUGGGACGAGGAGAAAUUGAGACAGGUUGUUCUCUCCAAGAAGGGAAAUCAGAAGACAACCACCGAUAAAGUUUGCAAAUUCUUCAUCGAUGCAGUGGAAGAGGGCAAAUAUGGUUGGUUCUGGACUUGUCCGAACGGAGGGGAUACAUGCAUGUACCAGCACAAAUUACCGCCUGGCUUCGUACUCAAAACAAAAGAACAGCGUGCCGCAGAGAAAGCACUCAUGGACAAAUCGCCUCUUAAAACUCUCACUCUCGAAGAUUUCCUUGAAUCCGAACGCCACAAGCUCACUGGUACCCUUACGCCUGUCACGCCUGAGACUUUCGCAAAGUGGAAGAGGGAACGACUUGAUAAGAAGGCUGCAGAGAUUGAAGCACAAGCCGCCAAGGAAGCCACUGGUCGUGCAAUGUUCGAGAAGGGAGACUGGGAGGCCAGCGGUGAUGAGGACGACGAAGAAGACGGAGACGGGGGAGAAGACGACUUCGAAAAACUUCGACUAGAGACUGAGGCUGCAGCCGAGAGGAAAGAGGCCGAACGGAUAGCGAAAUUCGGCGGGAAUUCCAGCGUGAAUGUCAUCAACGGUUUGGGCAGUGGCGAGCCUGGCACGAAUGGCGUCGCGAACGGCGAGGGGUCGGGCUCCUGA